GUCGACCAAUCAUAGAAAAGUUUACUAUUAGGCGUUCUAUUUGACUUUAUAGCGACUUCCUUAUCUCCAACGCUUGCGAGAAGACACUUUUAUUUCCAUUUUCAAUACGAUUUAAUACUUUUGUCACGAUGAAGGUUUUAUAAGGGUUCAUCAUAACUAGAAGGUGUGAUGAAUGUGACUUAGGAGGUAAAGUCACAGUGCUGCUGUCCUCCCACCGAGUCACCAACAAGAGCCAGACAAGAGCUUUGCAGGACACAACCAUCAAGCAAUCCCAAUGUCUUUGCUAGAGGAUGUACUGGAUGUGCUGCGCAUAGUGCUGGAGUACUUUGGAGUACCUCCGGAAAUGCUUGUCCCUGUGUGGGAUAGUCCUCUUUGUGGACAGUAUCGCAGUAUUGUGCGAAUGAUCGGCUCCAAUCUGCCUCUGACGCCCACACCACGGGUCUACUUUCAGAUCCCACUCCUCAGCUCCAGGCCCCAAGGAUAUAUGGAUGUCCCUGCAGAUACGCCUGCCAUCCCAUCAUUUGCUGAUGUUCGGUGGGUGCUUGAGGAUGAAGGGGAGAGUUUUGCCAAAACCAGGACCCACCUGCCACCAAAGAAGCAAAACGCAGCGGUGAGUCGAGAUGUGAGGAAACGCCCAAGAGGACUACUGAGGGGAGUCGGGCGUUUUGGACAGAAAACGGAUCCUGAAGCCUUGAAGAAGAUCACGGCGCUGGAGGGCGAGCUGCUGAAGCUGCGAGCUCAAAUAGCCAUGAUUGUUAGCACCGCCCCAGCCCCCGGUCUUGCUGAAUCCCACAAUCCCAACAUCACGCCGCUGAUGUCACCUGUUCCGGCACCAGUUCUCACAUCCACACCUUGCUAUGCUCCACCUCCUCCUCCUCCUCCUCCACCACCACCACCAUGUCCCAGCUCCUCCACCGACACAUCGUCUGUCGUGGAACUGAUCCGACGGCGCAAGUGUCAAGUAAAAGACGGGGACAAAGCCCCUGCCAAAUCCACCAUCAGCCGCGUCCCCUCUAUGUUGGACGUUCUCAAGGACCUGAAUCAAGUGAAACUGCGAGCUGUGGAGAGAUCACCGGGUGGCACGCCAGUGAGUCGAAGGCAGAGCAAAGGGGGCCCGCCAACGAUGAACGACCCAGCGAGUCUGAUCGCCGAGGCCCUGAAGAGGAAGUUCGCACAGCAUCGCCACAACUCCUCCGAGGACAAAGAGAAUUCCGUGGAACUCUCGCCGUUUAGCAGCCCGGACACGGCCAAGACGUUUCAGCAGGCGAGACGCAGCCGGGGGUUUCUCCACUCAUGAUCCCGUCAACCGACCGAUCGGUACUGUUUUUGUUUUUUUUUCACUUUGAGGACCUUUGGCCUGGCAAAAUGAUAUGUUCCUUGAAACAACUUUUUGUUAUUUUGUACAUCAGAGUUUGUACUGUGUGUUUGAUGUUGUGUGUUUGGAUAAAAAAAACAAAAUUUCAAAGGACAUCUUAUGUCAUACUUAUGUCAUAACGUGUAUCAGUGUUUCUCAUAGAUUUAUACAAUAUGUUCGUCGUGGGUGGCUGACUUCAACACAAACACGCGUGCACUUACUUGUUUGUGGGGCAAAAAGCAUAUUGUUUAUAAUGUAUCUCGUAUCAUUAACUGUUAAUUUAUUUGUGCAUCCAUAUGAUUAAACUUUAGUUUAUGAAUGCAUUUGGACAUUUCAAAUAGACACCGUGCCUCUAAUAUUGUUUUAAAAGUGUACUUAUACAAAUAGAGGCCUCAACUCAAAUAAUCAACUUACCCUUUGAAACUUAUACAUAUUUUAAAAGUGCAUUUGUGCAAAUAACAGC